UGCCGAAUAUAUUUGAUUCAAAUACUGUUUUAUCCUUUUUCAGAAUUCAAAAAGGACUGGUCAGAUCACGCACUCUGGUGGCCCACACGCAACAAAUGGUUGUCUAGACCGAAGCACACAUUGGACCAAUACGGAGUCCAUGCAGACGCCACUCUCCACUUCACUCCUAUGCACAAACCAAUCAGAAUCCAGCUCCCGGACCUCAGAUACAUUGACUGCAAGAUUGACUUCUCUAUAGACACCUUUAGCGCCGUUGUACAACUUUGUAAAAGUCUUGGUAUUCGACACCCAGAGGAACUCUCCCUCUGUUAUCCCUUAGAACCUUCCCAUCUUAAACAAAACUACCAGAACUUGAAGGAAGCGAAAAGGAUAAAGUCGCCUCCAGACACAAACACGUUUAUAGCAGCCACCAGAGGCUCUUCAAAUAGUUUGGACAGGUCCAAUGGACCCUGUCCUGCGACACCACCACCACCACGAUCACUCUCCGCUACCCCGGUUGCACAACAAAAUGGCACACUCCGUCGUUACGGUGGUUUGUACAGCACACAGAGUGACGGCUCCAGCGAUGGGGGCUACGGUAGCACCCCACCUAGGGCUGCCUCUCUAGACGCCCUAGAUUCUCUAGCCGAGCUGUCUCUAGCAGACUCCCCCUUAGAGCCCGACACCCAAUCACGAGAGUCUCUAUUAACGCCCAAAUCUCUCAUGGAACGUGCUAGAAUGAAUGUCGGUUGGCUGGACUCAUCUCUGUCCAUAAUGGAGCAGUACGUCCGAGAAUGGAACACGCUACAGCUUCGCUUCAAGUUCUACUCGUUCUUCGACCUGACUGCGCGUGCGCAGGACGCGGCGCGACUGAACCAGCUGUACCAGCAAGCCCGUUGGCAGAUACUGAACCAAGAAGUACAGUGUACUGAGGAGGAAAUGCUUUUAUUUGCUGCGUUACAGCUCCAAAUCGAGUUACAAACGUUAGCCGGUGGUAGUUUGGAUGCGGCGGAUGGUACAGCCACGUCCCAAGCGAAUGCGCCGGAGGACGAAAUUGAUGCGGCACUCUCUGCCUUACAAACUCAAUUGGAAGGCGGACCCGCGCCACAUAACGAUAUCACACAUGUACCCGAACUCGCUUCCUAUCUUAAGUACCUUAGCAAGUGUAACAACGAAUACUGUGCCUUCGCGCCCAAACGUUUUACCCUGAAGGCGUACAAGCGCGGCUGGGUGUCGUGUCGUGACGGCGUGCUGCGCAUCCACUCGUCUCGCGAGGCCGCCGGGAAGGGCGAGCCCCCGUCCUAUGCUGUUGAACUGCGUGGAGCUGAGGUGACUCCAGACGCGCACCCCGCGUCCGGCCGCUACAGCAUCAAGCUGGAGGUGCCUGCUGAGGACGCCAUGCACGAAAUGUGGCUCAAAUGUGAAAAUGAGGAUCAAUACGCGGAAUGGGUAGCCGCCUGUCGCCUGGGUUCUAGAGGUCGUUCGCUAGCAGACUCGGCGUUCGCGACGGAGGCUGCGGCCGUGCGCUCGCUGCUGCAGCUGCAGCGGCCGCAGCCCGCCGCCGCGCUCAACCAACACUCGCUGCCGCAUCUCGACCAUCUGCAGCCCGAGAACUACCUCGCGCCACGGUUCCUGAAGAAGCUGAAGAGCAAGUUCACACAACGCGUCCUCGAAAGCCACGCGAACGUAAAAGACCUCCCACUCCUCGAAGCGAAGCUGCAGUACAUCAAAACGUGGCAGAACCUGCGAGACUACGGACAGACGAUGUUUGUCGUCCGCUUCAUGGGACACAAGAGAGAUGAGAUCAUCAGCAUCGCCAACAACAGGAUCAUGCGGCUCGACCCUAACACCGGGGACCAUAUCAAGACGUGGCGGUUUAGUGAUAUGAAGGCAUGGAACGUCAACUGGGAGAUCAAGCACAUGAUGGUGCAAUUCCAGGAAGGCAACAUAAUAUUCUCAGUGCAGUCCGCAGACUGUAAAGUGGUCCACGAAUUCAUAGGAGGCUACAUUUUCCUCUCGAUGCGCUCCAAGGAUGCCAACCAAACGCUGAACGAGGAUCUCUUCCAUAAACUGACGGGAGGAUGGACGUAAAACCGACUAACAACCUUAGUACAGUAAGCCCAUACAAAUAUUUAAAUAAACCACACUUUGACAACCCUGUUAGGCCGUUUACACACUACGCCGCUCCAUACAAAUUGGAGGAAAGCUAGUGCAAUGGCACCGCGGCGGUGGCAAUACCGCGCGUAAUGUGUAAACAGCCUUAUAGGUAAGAGUUUAUAUCUUAACGUGCAAGAUUUAAAACCUAGUUUCAAGUAAUAUAAUAUUUGUACAACAUGAUUAAUAAAUAUUUAAUUAGAUACGACGGAGAGGGCCUUCGUUACGUGCCUUGAUCAUGUGCUAAACUUUGGAUAGUGUAGAAAUAUUUUUGUACCAAGAAAAUGCAUUCGUAAUAAUCUUAUUUCUUCACAAAAUAUUGUUUUCUAGAUCUAAUUAUAAUAGUGCUUCCAAUAAUUUUCGUAUGUAAAUGCCAAAUACAUUGACAAAAUAAAAUGCUUUUCAUACUUUGCAUCACUUUUAUUUAAUAGUAGAAUUUAAGAAACAUGCGACGGAUAUGAGCUUUUAAAUAAUGUAAGUUUUUGUUUUUAAUAUUUUUUUAUGUAACAUAGUAACAUUGGGUCCUUGUAGUGCCAUUGUGACAUAAUAACAUGGAUGUCAAAUGAUCCAUUUGGUGCUGUAUCAUUCAACAUAACAUUGAGUGGCCUUAACAUAUUAUAUUAUGAUACAUUAUAAGAUAUUUACGUUCUAUUUAACUUCAUAAAGUUCUUAUAAAAUGUGUAGAAAAUUAAAAACUAUUUUCAAAAAGAACUUUAUGAUUGAAAUGUAGAUUUACAUAGUUUAUGAAACUGCUAAAUUAGGUAUUACAAUCUGAAAAUCUCAGCGAUGCUUAAGUUUUUUUUAAACUCAGAUUUGUGGUAUAAAAUGCCUUUUUGGAAGAGUUUCAUAAACUACUAUAGUUCAUUGUAAAUAACAUUAUUUUAUUAUGCACUUAAAUACUGAAAUAAUACAUAAAAUCGCCUUCAUAGUUUUUAUACAGUCUGCCUUACCGCCGUACUCUGAGUCAUUUAAUGGUUACUUAACCCAGUCCUUAGCAAUUAUUUUAGGAACAAAAUCGUUACUAAGGAAUAGUUUAAAUAAUCAUUAAAUAUCUCUGAGUGUGGCAGUUACUCUCAAACAUAACAACAAUGAAUAUAAUUAUAUAAAUAAAGAUCUAAUGAGACAAUCAGGGUGUCCCAUUUGUACGAUUUCAAUAUUUAAGUGUUACCAAUUAACAAUAAGUUAUUUUAUACCAGUGACAAAAAUAAUUUUAGUAUAAAAUCUUUUUGGCUUCAUGUUGUAUACCUAUUAAUUGCAAAGAUUAUUUUAUUAUUGACUACUAGUCUUAUUGAGAUCGCAUAUAAUGCCGUCAUUUUGUUUUUUUUUUAAUUAUUAUUAUUAUCUAGGUACGGUUCUUAGAAUAAUUAUGAGUAUUAACAUUAUUUUGACAUUCAUUGUGGAUUUCUUGUACAAAUUGUAAUGUACUAUUUUAAUUAAUAAUUUUUGAGUAUGUUUGUAAAUGAAUGACCGUAAUAAAUGUAAAUUAAUAACA